AUGGUCGAAAAGUUUAGUGAAGACGAAAUCGAAAACUACCGAAAAAUCUUCCAGUCCAUGGAUAAGGACGCCAGUGGCAAUAUUUCAAGCAAAGAGCUGUCUUUUGCAUUGAGAAAGGUAGGGGUUUCAGUUAAUUCUGAACAAAUUGAUGAUAUUAUGAAAGAUGUAGACGUAGAUAGUGAUGGGAAUUUGCAAUUUGAAGAAUUCUUACAAAUUGCAGCGAAAAGUACAAAAGAUGUGGACGCUGAGGAAGAGCUGAAAGAAAUUUUUAUGAUUUUUGACAGAGAAAACACAGGGUUUAUAGCGCCUGGACAGAUCAAGCAUGUAAUGAAAAGUUUGGGGCAGCCUAUGAAUGAUGAAGAACUAUAUGAGAUUAUGGGAGAAGGUGAUAGAGACCAAGAUGGGCUUUUAAGCUUUGAAGAGUUCACAGCGCUAAUGCUUGCAAAGGAAGCACCAAAACAGCAAACUUAA